AUGAGCACCGGUUCCAAACGCACUAUUUACGUCGGGGGGCUCGCCGAAGAAGUCGACGAUAAAGUCCUGAACGCGGCUUUUAUCCCCUUUGGUGACAUUGUCGACAUUCAGAUCCCUCUGGACUAUGAGACGGAAAAGCACAGGGGGUUCGCUUUCAUCGAGUUUGAGAGUGCGGAAGACGCGGCUGCAGCAAUCGACAAUAUGAAUGAUUCUGAGCUUUUUGGUAGAACCAUCAGAGUCAAUUUAGCCAAACCACAGCGAAUUAAAGAGGGUUCGACACGGCCUGUUUGGUCUGAAGACACCUGGCUUCAGCAGCACGCAGGCGAGACAAUCGGCAAGACUAUUAAUGAUCCUGAUGAUGGAACUAAAGAGGCAACAGAUAACGAUGCUGACAAAAGUGACAGCAAAAAAGUCAAAAACCCUCAAGUUUACUUCGACAUUAAGAUUGGCAAGACUGAAGUCGGUAGAAUAACAAUGCUGUUGAGGGCUGAUGUGGUCCCCAGAACUGCAGAAAAUUUUAGGUGUUUAUGCACCCAUGAAAAGGGUUACGGUUUUCAGGGCUCCACUUUCCAUAGAAUAAUUCCAGACUUUAUGUGUCAAGGUGGCGAUUUUACCAACCACAAUGGUACAGGAGGAAAAUCAAUUUAUGGUCGGAAAUUUGUUGAUGAAAAUUUUGAAUUGAAACACGUGGGUCCAGGGACUUUAUCAAUGGCCAAUUCGGGACCAAAUACCAAUGGGUCGCAAUUUUUUAUUUGCACGGCAAAAACGGAUUGGUUGGAUGGAAAACACGUGGUUUUUGGGCAUGUUAUAAGUGGGAUGGACGUUGUGAGAAGGAUGGAAAGGUGUGGGACCAAGAGUGGGACGCCCACGGAGAAAGUAGUAAUAGCAGCGUGUGGAGAAAUACAAUAAAAAAUAUUUAAGAAUUUUUGAUUUUAUGUAAUGAAAAUAAUAAAGAACUUACUAAACGUAAA